AUGGAGGCUGUAGAGGUUGUUGGAGGUUGUUGGAGUUUUUUGGAGGUUGUGGAUGUUGCUGUGGAGGUUACUGUGGAGGUUUUUGGAGGUUGUGGAGGUCACAGCGGCGUGAACCAACUGGGAGGCGUCUUUGUAUCCGGCAGACCAUUGCCUGACACUACCCGGCAGAAAAUCAUCGAACUUGCUCACUCCGGGGCCAGACCUUGUGAUAUCUCCAGAAUUCUCCAAGUCUCCAACGGUUGUGUCUCCAAAAUUCUCGGCAGGUACUAUGAGACAGGCUCCAUCAGCCGCGCAAUCAGGGGUUCCAAACCUCAGGUGGCCACGGCGGUAACCAGGACCAGUUCAGAGAAUGCCUCAAUCUUCGCCUGGGAGAUACGUGACCGGCUCUUAUCUGAAGGAGUUUGUUCCGCUGAUAACAUACCCAGUGUAAAGGAGAGGCAGACGAUAGGUGUAAGUGGAGGGAAUUCUACGGGCAGCAGUAACCCCACUACGCCCACGCCCACGCAGGAACCCAUGUAUGACAAGCUACGACUUCUCAAUGGUCAAUCGACGUGGCCCCGCGCCCAAUGGUAUAGCGGUCCGGUCAGUGACGUCACUACACUCCCCGUCGACUCGUCUCAAUCUACACCCUGUGUCCAGCCCGGCCUACCUAAGAAGAGUGACGCCGGGGAACUGAGUGAGGAUAGCAACGCCGGCAGUAGUGAGAACAGUAGCAGUGAAGACCAGGCCAGGUUACAUCUGAAGAGGAAACUACAGCGGAACAGGACCUCAUUCACCAACGAUCAGAUUGACAGCUUGGAGAAAGAGUUCGAGCGGACGCAUUAUCCAGAUGUGUUCGCGAGGGAGAGACUGGCAGCCAAAAUUGGUCUUCCAGAAGCUAGGAUACAGGUUUGGUUCAGUAAUCGACGAGCAAAAUGGCGACGUGAGGAGAAACUACGAAAUCAGCGGAGGGCGGCCGAGGGUGUAGCGCCAUCCUCCCCUACAAGAAUUAUCAACAACCUCUUCACGCCCACACCCAUGUACACGCCGUUACCGCCUCCGCCCAUGUCCGUUGCUGAUACAUAUGGGUCGAUGGCUGGGGCUGGUUUCGGUAUGCCGUCAAGCGUUGGCCCUGUAGCGUCUAGUCCGAACUGCCUGCCACCCCAACAACCGCCUACCGUCGUCCACUCCGGUAGUCCAGGCGCCGGUGGAAUGACCCUUACAAGAGACAACUCUCACGCCCACAAUCCUUACAUGAGCCGCCCCACUUAUGAUACCCUCUACACCCACGCCCGAGCUCCCACCUGCCCGCCCAUGUUGUAUCACCCAGCCUCUCACCACCACCAGUCUCCAAACACGCCAACACCACCCAACUCCCAGGCUGGUCUGUUGUCUCCCGGUGUGUCUGUACCGGUAGCUGUACCGGGCCAACACCACGACAUGAACACCCAGUACUGGACCCGUCUUCAGUAACUGGGAGUGACCACCAGGGAGCCAACACAGGGAUGAGAACUCUUCACAAGUGGCAGGGUAGUGAGGCUGACCACUCCUCCACACUGCACUGGAGUCAACACUUAGGUGGAAUCUUUAUCACAACAAGAUCCUGAAACAUUAAUUAAGGAAAGGAUUUUAAUAUGAACAUCCAGUGUGGGAAGUGUUGGCAGGAUUUCCCCGGUGCCACCAAGUGAUGGAAAAUGCCCACGGAGUGAACAGAACUUAGUGGGUGUAUCUGCAGUAAUUACUCCUGGUAGCAAGAGACUCGCCACUGACGCAGCUUCUAUAUUAACACUGUCUCGCCAACGCAGUGCUGCUUGUGAUGCCUGAGGUUGAUUUUCUUCACGUAUAUUCAUAAUACAUUCAGUCUUUUUCAACUUACUGUGGCCGCCAUGAUUGUUAUGGUUGUGACGCCAUGAUGGAUGGUUAUACACAGGUACACAGUCCCUCACAACAUACACUGUCAUGGUCGACUGCAGUACAAAGCCUUCCCAUACAAUUGACUGAAGAAAAAAAAUAUAUAUUUUUUAAAUUUCAUUAUAUAUAUUGUAUUUCGGUGAAUAUUUACUAGUCUCAAGGUUCUUAUAAUGAUACAUUUUAGUCAUGUUUAUUUUUUAAAUUUAUCUAAAACAAAUUAUUUACAUUUAGAAUUUAGAUUUAUUUUAUGAGACGAAAUUUGCUGUUGAAUGUGUGACUACUGAAGGUUGAAGAGCUGUAUGACCGCUGCUACAACACCCAGUCCCUCACCUGAGACACUGAGAAACAAAACAGUGAUAACAAAAACAUAUUACUCAAAUUAAAGGAGUUACAGUGAAUAAAUUACAGUGAAUCAUUUACAGUGAAUAAAUUACAGUGAAUCAUUUACAGUGAAUAAAUUAUAGUGAAUAAAUUACAGUGAAUCUGUUACGGUGAAUCAGUUACAAUCCCUUGAAGAGAAAUUAUUUACCAAAACCAAUCACUAGAACAAUAUAUUACUCCUGUGAAGACCAAAUCAGUGUCCUGGACCCCC